GGUGAGUAAUCCAAGCGCAGUGAGUGUGCUUCACAUCGAAUUUCAUUAGCAGUCUUAAAUACCUUACCUGAGGUGUCGCUUCGCUCAGUCAAUCAGUAGUCGAAUCAGUGUCCGGACGUCAUAGAAAUGAUCCAGUGUGUCGUCGGUCGUCCUGUCCUAGUUGCCGCGUUUGCGUUCUUCGUUUGCAUCCAUGGAGCCGCAAUUCCAGGGGAGCGUCCUUACAAUGACGAUCCUUACUUCCCGACGGAUUUGGAUGGAACCAAUACAACGCGGGAUCUAACUGUCGUUCAGAAAUGGAGCAAGUCCUUGCUGACCUACGCCAUCGUCAACUACCCGGCGGGCAUGCCUCAAGGCAUCGUCAGAUCAACAAUUCGAAGUGCUUUUGAUUCCUGGAGUCGAGUAACGAAUUUGGACUUCGUGGAAAGAGCCAGCUCUGCGGAGGUGGACAUACAGCUGUCGUUCGAGGGGAUGAAUCACUAUCGCAGAGGCAUACCGUGCCAUUACAACCACGAAAAUACGCUUGCUCAUGCCUUUUUCCCCGAGCUUGGGGAUGUCCACUUCAAUACGCUGCAUUUCUUCAACGGUGAAACGACGAGAGAGGAAUUUCUCAACACGGCGGUGCACGAGAUCGGACACUCGCUCGGUCUGCUGCAUUCCGCUUCGAGAUCGUCAAUAAUGUACGGCGCACAAGUUAGCAGCAAUUUAGUGUUGGAACCGCAACCGGAAGAUGUAGAGGCGAUUCAAGCUAUUUACGGAGUGCGUUCGGCUCUACCAACUACAACAAAUCCUCCUCCCACAACAGCCAGAACUCGACCCACGCCCAGGACCACCAAACCUCGCACGAAAACCAAUCUCUGUUCCCUAUCAUCAUUCGAUACGAUCCUUGUGGAUCACCGCGGAAAUAUCUGCGUUCUGGCAGGACAAUACUACUACAAUCUCAACGAAACCAAUCCCCCGCCAAGGAAACUCUCCGCCAAAUGGCCCGGUCUUCCACGGAACGUCCAAGCGGCCGUCACCUACCGUGACCAGAAAACCUACUUCUACAAAGAUGACCAAUACUGGAAGUACAACAAACUAACUCUGGAAGAGGGUUACCCUCGGCCCAUCGAAAAAUAUUUCCCAGGAAUUCCCACCGACGGAUUGGAUGCCAUUCUCACCGAGAAGUCCGGUGGAUUCCUGGCCUUCAAGGGCGCUCAGUACUGGUUCUAUGACACCAGUAAGACCAAACCGGUCGAGUGGUACUAUCCCAAGGCGAUAACGGGUGAUUUUGUCGGGUUGCCUGCGCGAGUGGAUGCUGCUCUGAUGACCAACGCGGGCAGGCGGUUUGUGUUCAGCAAGAUGCGUUAUUACGAACUGGACGACCGGAACAGAGUGGUGCUGCGCGACGGGGAUGUGCGAAAAUAUUGGUUUAAUUGUUAGGUUGAGCGAGAGGAGAAUAUGUAGAAGAAAUCUAGUCAUAUUGAUUUAGGAAAAUGUUUUUGUGUGUAUGAAUAAAGUUGUGUGGGUUGUAUGAUAGCCUCAAAUUUCUAAUAAUAUUGUUCCAUGCAUUCGAUUUAUUUCUGACUCUUAACAGAUGUUCCAAGAAUUUUAUUUACCCAAGUAGGAACUUGGGGUCAAUAUGACCCAGACAAUCACACUGAA